AGAAGCCCCGGCACGCGUUCGUCGUGAUGUCGAACUCGACGCACUCGGGGAUGCUCACCCGGCGCGUGUGUCCUGCGUGCACAAAAAAAGGAGAGCGCGUGACGUCACGUGAGGGAUGAGCGGCAAUGGGUCCGCAUCGUCGCGUCAGAGCACCGACGACAUCCAAGUGAGUCGCAGUUUGACUCUAAUCAUCGCGAUCUGCGCACUCGUCGCCUUGGCGGUCGUCAUCCUGGCCGCCAUGGCCGUCGUACUAGCUUUCACCAGACGAGCUGGUUUCCGCGACAAGCAUCCAUCGGGGCCCAAGAACCAAAACGCCACUGCUUCCUUUCCUGGAUCAGCGAAUCACUCCUUCGCGUAGCACCGAGGCCCAUCGUUGUGUACGGCGACAAACCAACGAAUGUUGUUGAAGCGAUUGACCACUUGGAAUGUUUUCUGAAUGAUAAAAUAAUGACCGACUUCUGUGCAGCACGCCUCGUUCGUCGGUGCUUCUCUACUUGGCAGAGGUGCUCCAAGUUUGCUCGAUCAACUAAUUACUCAGCGUGACAAAGGCAGUAAACUCCCGCCAUAGCAAAAUCGCUUUAUUCGAAAUAUCGCUUUUUCGAAGUAUUUCAUGGUCCCGACCACAGUGCAUGCAUUUUAUACCAAGUACAGUGGCGCCGGGCUACGCUUAGUCGGGACCGCUUGGUGAAGUGCACACGCGAUGAACAUUUGCGUUUAUCCGAACCAACCUGCGAAGGCAAAGAGCGCAGUGUUGCCGAUCGUAUUCCAAAUCAUGUAGUAACUCCACAUUUGCUGUCGUGUACAUCAUAGGUUUUAAUAAAAAAUGUAAAUAUCUCUUAAAUUAACUUUUUGCAUUUGUACAAUUACAAUUUCUACCAUGCCUUGUGUAUGGCAUGCUUUAGUAUACUGACAUGCAUGCCAUACCUAGUACACUACCUAGUAUACCAUGCCCUGUGUAUUUGUAAUGCCUUAUGCCGUACCUUAGGAUGUUUCCAAUUUUUACACUUUCCAGAAUGCCUUAUGUUGCUUAAGGUUCAUUUCCCCUUUCCUCUAACUUCCAGCUUCUUGACCAAUCCCGUGUAGUUGACAAUCGCCAUGGUUUAAGUAUUAAUUAGGAAAGCAGAAUCGCGUUGGACUGUCUUAGUUGGUAAUGGAAGCACCAAUCACGGUGUCCGAGUUGCGAGAGAUUAUCGGCGGAAAUAAGAGAACGACAGUGGUGGAGGAAGAAGUCGCGUGCAAUACACGGCCGGUUCGAUGGCAAUGCGUCGAGCAUCGUGCUUUAGUGUGCGUCUGGUGGAACGUGUCCCUCCAGUACAGGCUGCACGGCCUGGCCCCAAGGAGCUGUGACGUGGCGUUUCAGCGGAUGUUUGUAUAUAUCGGAGUUCCUGGAAACGAUGCUGUACUGGCGAAUUGACCAAGGGCGCCCACCGGAAUUAUGUGACUGUUGAAGUAGUACGAAAAGAAACCGAAGAAGAAAAUACCAAAGUUCACUAGCGCGAGACAGAAAUGGAGCAGACAGCACCUACGUUGACUAACAGCUGAUAAGCACGUGAUAACUUGGACCGUAGAAGAUUUGGAAGAAGAAGAAGAGUCUUGUGCCGACAUUCCAGCAUUGAAGCCGAGCUAAGCGACGCUGUCUACAGGUGCUGAAGACAGCGUGAAGGGAAUUCGUGACUGUCCCACGGUCGAAGGCAAUGGCGAAGGAGACUACGAGGAAGGUGGAGGACAUCGCAGAGGCAGUUCAGGAGUUGUCAGCCAUCUCCGUCAUUUCACGCUCCAAGGCGACAGUGCUCAAGCUUGAAGCCAAGGCACUUCGGGCAGCUAUGGAAAAGAAAGGGCGGGAGUCUGCAGAGGACCUACAUCGGGCACAGAAGCUGUUGCGUGAUGUCAUCAUCCUGCAGGAUGCGGCCCGGACGAAGAAAGCAGUCAAGCUUCAGGCCACCAAUGUGCCUAACGUCACAGCCAAGAAGACGGUGCGGUUGGUGGAAUCACCCAAGCCGGAGAAACAGCUACCGCGGGGUCCGGACAAGGGAACCGAGGACGACAUCAUCGUUGACGAAUUUUUGAAGGACGAGGAGAGCCGGGCAUUGCUCCGUCGAGCCAGCACGUUUCAGCCAAUCACGGCACCGGCAGUCUGCAACCCCGACGAUGACAUCGUGGCCAUGGUAGCCAAGAUGGUCGAGGACAAGACUGGUAGUGCCACGGCCAGUGUAACGCCAGUGCUGGACACCAGUUUUGGGGAAUCCAGUCCGCAGAUUGGCAUCUCAGUGGCAUCCGCGAAACCCGCAGUUGCGAAAAAGCCGAGGGCCAGAACAGCGAAAAUGCCCACUGGAACACCGCUCAGAAGUCCAGCCGUCAAAAGCCCAGCAGCCAAUAGUCCAGUGCCCAAGAGUCCAGCACCCGAAAAGCAAGCAUUCGAAACUCCAACCUCCAAAAGUCCAAGCCACAAGGGUCCCACCACCAAGAAUACAACAAACAAAAGGCCGACAGUCGAGAGUCGGGCAGCCAAUUCUCCAGCAGCCAAGAUUCUAGCACUCAACAGCGCAGCGCCAUCCAGCCGGUCGCCGCCGAACAAGGACAUACCGGCGUCGCCGCGCAAUGCAGACCGCGCAGCUAAGCAAACGAUUGUCCGUCCAGCAUCCACCAAACGAUCAAGUCCGGUGGCUCCAGAUGGAAAGACGAGAAAAGGAAUCGCAGAAAAGCAAGUCCGGGGCGUGCCACCCUCGCCGCUUCCAGGCGCUGGACAUCCGACACUCACGGAGGAUUCCAAGACUCACCAGGCAGUCGAGCUCGACAACGUCAUCAAGGACCUUCUGAAGUCUGCAGACCAGGAAAUGCAGUAA